UUGCCUUUAAUCCGUCUGCACCUGUAGACUUGAUUGACGAGAGAUAAUGACGAGGUGCUAGUACCUCAACUGGCUGGAUACCUUUUGCAAAGAAGACUGAAGAGAGGGGAGAAAGAAACUAAAACAAAGGGAGAAACCAACAAAUUUCUUAAACUUUCAAUAUGUUUUUAUCAAAACAAGAGGAGCAGCUUACCCAGGAGCUGAGCUGUCCCAUCUGUCUUCAGCUCUACAGGGAUCCGCUUGUUCUCCCCUGUGGGCACAACUAUUGCCAAGCUUGUAUCUUGAAGUCAGCUAACUCCACAGGCGGCAGCAAAGAACCUCUGCGAUGCCCGGAGUGUCGCGAGAUCUACGAGGGCGUUAAUUCCCUGCAGAGAAAUUUCAAACUCUCAAACAUUGUUGAGGGUUUCCAAGCCUCGUCAAACUCCCAGAACAUUUAUGAAGAAAUCCGGGACAUAACUGAACCGGUGGUGGAGGAUGAUACCAUCGUCUGUGACCACUGCAUAGAUCAUCAGUCUCCAGCGGUGAAGACCUGCCUGAAGUGUGAGGUGUCGCUGUGCUCCAGGCACCUCCAGAAACACAACGAGAAGGAGGCGUUCAAGUCCCACUCUCUGGUGGAUCCUCUGAAAGAGUUUGGGAUGAAGGCCUGCCCGGUUCAUAAUCUUCCACUUGAGUACUUUUGUUCCAAUGAGAUGAUGUCUCUGUGUGCCACAUGCUUCAUAGAAGGCCAUCACCAGAACCAUGAUGUCCUCACCUUCAGCGUGGCAGAGGAAGAGAUGAGAAGAGCCCUGGAGAGCCGCAACAAGGUGGUUAGCAGUCGACUGCAGCUGACAGAAUGCCUCCUGCAGAAGACAACGGAGGAUCAGGGAGCCUCCGAGGCUGUCGGGGAGAAAAUGGUCAACAAGGCGGUCUCACUUAUGGAUAGCAUGGCUGCAAUAGUGGACAGGUACAGGGAGCGGCUUCGUAUGCUGCUGGAGGAGGAGAGAUGUCAGCGCCGCAAAAGCUGGCAGGUUGGAGUGAGUGCCCUGGAAGAGCAGCAGCAGCAGCUGCUGGAGGCUCAGAGAAGUGCAAAUGAGGCCCUCAGUGAGAAAGACUCUUUCACCUUUAUACACAGAUUUAUGAUGAUUGAACAAAAGUUGAGAGAUGUCGUCACAAGCAAUAUUUCCAGCUCCAUUCCUUCAAAGGUUGCCCUGAACGCCAAGCGUCUCCAAACAGGCCUCAAAACCAACGACUUCCGUACAGAAAUGGUCCGUCUCCUUGACACUCUCCAUAUCCUGCUCAACCCGCUGGAGGUCACGUUUAAUGUCUGCACUGCCCACGGCAGCUUGUUGGUGUCCAACGACCUGCGAACAGUCCGAUACAGCAACACCAAGCAGGCCUACAUUGAGCACCCAGAACGUUUCAUGAGUGCGCCUCAGAUCCUUUGCAGCCAGGGUUUUUCAGGAGGCACUCAUAUCUGGAUGGUAGAAAUGGGUGUUAACUGCAUGUGGUCCCUUGGUGCAUGCUACAAGAGCAUCCCUCGCCGUGGAGACCACAGUCGCUUGGGCCACAACGCAGUAUCCUGGAGACUUCAGUGGAAAAAUGGCAAGCUUACUGUGUGCUCUUCGUCAAGCAAUGCUUCACUGGGAGAGACUCUCCAACAUCCAAUUAAGAUUGAGGUUGCGCUUGACUAUGAAGGAGGAACUCUGUCUUUCCAUUCCAUCAGACCUCGCAGGGAACACCUUCACACCUUUAAGACUGUGUUUAAGGAGCCAGUUUAUCCAGCUUUUAGUAUCCAUUCAAACACCCCAGAGUCAUGGAUCACUCUGCACGGGGAAGUCUAAGACCACCCUUUAAACCUUUAUACCUAAUGCAUAGAUGUGUUUGUUUAUUUCUAUUGUUACACUUUCCCCGGAUCUCCAAUAUCACCAACUUUAUUCCAAUUUUUGCCAUGUAAGCAUUUUAAAGGCCAAUUUAUGCUUCUGGCGCAUGGCCUCUGCAACCAUCAAAUCUGCGCAACCACGCCCCCAGAGGUUCUGCAACCGUCGUUGCGCUCUUCAACAAAAUCCUGACUACAUGUCGCAAACCCGUGCAGAGCUCAAGCAGAAGUGCACAGACAAAAACCAGCUGUGAUUGGUCCUUGGUAUGCCUUUCCGGCUGUCUGUGUGGUUGUCCUUUUUAAUACGGUGCCGGGGCAUGCCAUUUUUAAAAAACCGAGGAGCCACUACAAAGGACAACUAUGACGAAAGGUUAAUUCGAGGAGGUUCGGAAGUAAAAUUACCUGUACAAUCCCUCAGACAAUUUAUAUAUAAAUGCCAAGGUCUCUGCCAAAUCGAAGUUCUCGCGAGUUCUCUAAUAGGCUCCCCCUAGCGCUUUGCCAGGAAACUUCUGUGCGUCCUUAGAAAUUCCAGACCGACGGUGCAGAAGCAUACCAGCAAAACUGGUUCGCGACCAGACCCAAGUGACAUUUGAUGUGUGCGGUUGCAGAAGUAUAAUCUGCCAUUAAGCAGUCCCGGCUUGGCCAAAACCUUAACCACCAAAACAAAUUUUUGAAACUGAUAAAAACAUGGUGCUUUGCUUGGUGUGAAUACCAUAAACCAAGAGGUUUGUCAUCUCCUACCACAGGCUUGUAUUUUUGCGGAUGACACUCAAAUAUUUAUUAAUACCAAGUUCUUCACACUGAUACCCCACUUCCUAACAUGUCCUCCAACACGACCUGGAUGUGGACCUCUAAGCCCUACUCCAGAGUACUUAUGUCCAGAUUAUUUACCGUGGUAUUUGAGGCAUCUAGAGGAACAAGGAUGUUUGAAGUCCCUGUGAAAUUCUGAACUUUUAUUCCAGGCUAACUUAAUAUCCUUCACAGAAGUAUACCUAUCCCACCUGAGAAACACUUUGACUGCUCCUUACAGUAAAUUAGCUCUUACUGAACCCAGUUUAGGGCUGAUCCUUGCCUUUGCUGGAUUACUGCAGUUAAGUCCUCAUGAGGACUUCCAAUAGAGGCCUGGCUAGUCUCCAGUAUGUCUAAAGCUCACCUGUUAGUCUACUAAGCCUUACCAACAUAUCACCUCCUCUCUCAUAAAUACCCACUGGCUGCAUGUCAAGUACCACAUAGCUUACAAGAUCUUCUCACUUGAAAAAUCCCUGUGCUCUAAAUCGUAGGUGCCUGUCAGAGCUCCUUUGCCAUGCACAGAGUAAUGCAGAAAUCCUCAGCUAUGGGUCUACUUUCUGUCUCUUGCAAAAACUGGAGUUCUGAAGAUCAGGCUUGGGCAUUUCUCAAAACUAUCUUCUUCAAUGAGGAAUUAAUUAUACAUUUGAAAGUUAAUUCCCUCUCUGUUAAACAUCCUUGAAUUUCUUUCUAUAUGAAUCUUAGUUCUUCUUCAUAUUGUUUAUAUAUAGUAGCAUGAUUUAUUUGCAUUUAAUUAGCAUUUUAUUGAAUCCUAUGAGACGUUACCUGUUUAGUUUACAGAACAGUCAUGAUAAGGGUGUUUUUGUGGCCUACAUACAGUAUGACAUGGGUGUUUUGUAACUGUUACCACAUUUGUUAAAUAUAUUCACAUUAAUAUGAUGCAGCUGCAUUGUGUGUGUUUGCCCCUAUGAUUAUGAUUUUUAUUUUUUAUUUUGAAUACAGUAAAAAAGAGAAGGCUGACAUUUACACUAAAGUUGAGACAUGUUUUGUGUUUAGGGUACAAAUAAAUUAUUUGACGCAAAAAAUAAAGCUUAGAAUGGUUGCUUCUGUUUGUAUGUUACUGUGUGUGUCACUGUUUUUCCGAAUCUAAAGGACGCAUUUUUAUAUGUUAAGCCAGCCUUAGGAAGCAAGAAACUUUGCAUCUCCUUAGGAUCUCUUAUUGCCCUUGGGUUCAAAAGAAACCUUCA